UAUCGCCGCGCCCCUUCCAGCUCUGACACGUCAUCGAGGUCAGACAGACAAGACCGGAGUAAAGAUGGCGACAGCCUACGAGAGCUUCAAACUGCACACAAGCCCUGAGAAAUUUUACAUAGAAGCCUGCGAUGAUGGAGCUAAUGAUGUUCUCGUCAUCGACAGGGUGUCUACGGAAAUGACCCUCGCAGCUAAGAAAGAUAUCCCUCCCUCUUCUGUCACUAGACCAAUAUGUGGAAUUAUGGGAACAAUUCGUCUGGUUGCAGGCAUGUAUCUUAUCAUAAUUACCAAAAAGAAAAAGGUUGGAGAUUUAUUCGGUCACAACAUCUGGAAGGCUACAGAAUUUGACAUCAUUUCUUACAAAAAGACUGUGCUGCACUUGACAGAUAACCAGCUCACAGAGUUUAGAGAAUGGAAGCAGAUGCAAGAUAACAAGUGUUUCUUAGCAAUGCUCAACAACGUAUUGAACACAGAUGGGUUUUACUUUGCUACCAACUAUGACUUGACACACUCCUUACAGCGGUUGUCCAACACCAGCCCAGAGUUUCAAGAAAUGAGCCUACUGGAAAGGGCAGAUCAGAGGUUUGUGUGGAACGGGCACCUUCUGAGAGAGUUCACAGCACAGCCAGAGCUCCACAAAUUUGCAUUCCCAGUGCUCCAUGGAUACAUUGUAGUGAAAUCUUGCUGUAUUAAUGGAAAAUACUUUGACUGGGUCAUUAUCUCGAGAAGAAGCUGUUUCAGGGCUGGGGUGCGAUACUAUGUCAGAGGUAUUGAUUCGGAAGGUCAUGCUGCUAAUUUUGUUGAAACAGAACAAAUAGUCCAGUACAGUGGAAGCAAAGCUUCAUUUGUGCAGACUCGUGGAUCAAUGCCAUUUUUCUGGUCACAAAGACCAAACCUCAAGUACAAACCAAAGCCACAGAUCAGCAAAACUGUCAAUCAUAUGGAUGGCUUCCAGAGACAUUUUGAUUCACAAAUUAUCAGCUAUGGAAAACAAGUUGUUUUAAACUUGAUAAACCAGAAGGGCUCUGAAAAUCCACUGGAGCAGGCUUUUGCAAAAAUGGUGACGAGCCUGGGUAAUGGAAUGGUGAAGUACAUAGCAUUUGAUUUCCACAAGGAGUGUAGCCAAAUGAGAUGGGAACGACUUCAGAUUUUAGUGGAUCGGGUUGCGGAGAUGCAGGAUGAGUUUGGUUACUUCAUGGUGGAUUCAGAUGGGAAGGUCCUGAUGCAGCAGGAAGGCACAUUCCGUAGCAACUGCAUGGACUGUCUGGAUCGGACUAACGUGAUUCAGAGCCUGUUGGCACGUCGCUCUUUGCAAUCACAGCUACAGAGACUUGGAGUUCUUCAUGCUGGACAAAGGAUUGAAGAGCAAGAUGAUUUUGAAAAUAUAUACAAGAAUGCAUGGGCAGACAAUGCUAAUGCAUGUGCCAAACAGUACGCUGGGACAGGGGCCUUGAAGACUGAUUUUACAAGGACUGGCAAGAGGACUCAAUGGGGGCUGGUCAUGGAUGGCUGGAACUCGAUGAUCAGAUACUACAAGAACAACUUUUCAGAUGGUUUCAGACAAGAUUCCAUAGAUCUGUUCCUUGGUAACUAUGCUGUGGAUGAAGCUGACAGCUCAACACCUCUCCAUGUGCAAAAGGACUGGAAGUUCCUAACUUUGCCUAUCAUCAUGGUGGUUGCAUUCUCCAUGUGUAUUAUAUGUCUCCUCAUGGCAGGUGACACUUGGACAGAGACCUUGGCCUAUGUGCUCUUCUGGGGAACAGCCAGCAUUGGGACCGCAGCCAUCAUUCUUUUUAAUGGCAACGAGUUUGUAGACACUCCGAAGCUUGUUCAGAAGGAAAAAAUGGACUGAAUCUGUGUGUGUGGAAAGCAGCUUGGUCACCAGGAUUCCUCUUUGCACACUUGGAGUCUGUACUGACCUGCUUUCCACACAUGGGAAAUAGGCUUUUUAUCCAGAUAUAAAAUAAAUUAAAAAAAAAAAGUUCAAUAUUUGCUGUUAAUGGUGGAGGUAUGCUUUUGGGAUCCAAGAGUUUAUUCUUUCUCUGAAAGGUAGAACAUCUCAUCAGUGUAUGGCACCUUACUAGGGUUAAUAUAAAUACUUGGUUUUGUCUUUAUCAAUUUCCAGAUCUAACGUAGACACACACAUAUUAUGUUUCUAAUAAUCCUGUGUCUUUAUGUAUUGAUCUAAGUGUGUGUUACAGACCAGUAGAAGAAAUGUUAAUGCACAACUUACCUAAGCAAAGCUCAUAUGGUAAAAUAAAAGUUUGGGCAGCAUAUAGAUUGCUAUAUACCUGUGUCCCAAGCAUGUUUAGAUGGAAGUCUCUACCACUGGCAUAGUAACCAGGAAACCUUGCACUAAUAUUAGCUAUGACUAAUGGUUUUAUGAGCUACAUAAAAGAACACAAUACCCAUAACUAGUCUAUAUAAAGAUAUGUAUCUUCCAUAAGUAACAAUUGUUUUUUUUUUAUAUAUCCCUGUAAGUUGCCAUGUUGUUGGGAUAUUCUGUUCUGUACUUGUGAAUACCUUUCCUUUCUGGUAAUCGGUUUUAGAGCAUAUUUGAUUUUGCUUCUCAGAGUGAGGUGGUUUUAGCUUUCGGUUACUAAGCUGUAGUGUUGGUUUUUGUCUUAACUUUUUUUUUUUUUUUUUUUUUUUUGGACACUGCUUGUCCAGUGCAGUUAUCUAAUCUCAUCUGUCUUCCCAAUAUGUUUCUGUGCAAUGGAGGGGAGUAUCCACAAGUGUAUAUUAUAUAUUAAUAAUGUAUAUUAUAGUAUAAGCUGUUUCAUUCUGAUACUGGUAACAGGAUGAAAGAAUUAGAGAAUGUAAAAUCAGUUGCUAUGCCUUUUAUUUAUCUUUCCUUUUUAAUUCAGAAAUCCAAAGCAUAAUGUAUAUUGACAGUAUUAACAUAAUUGUUGUAUUGUUUUAUUUUCCAGUCAGCUUUUUCUAUUUAUUGACACUUACUUAGCUUACUUUAGUGUGUCUUGGGAACUCUGGUAUAUUUCAAGGUACACAUAACCUGCAAUAUAUAUUUUCUCUGCAUGGCAUUCAUAUUCUUUUAUAAUAAGCUGUUUACCAUUCAAAAUAAGAGGCUUUAUUUAUUACAGAAGGUUUUUGUUGGGGUUUGAGUCUAAGCUGGAAGGAGGUACAAAUUGGCACUGGUAAGGAACUGCUAAUUCUUGCGACCAACUCAAGCUGGUCUUCAAUGUGAUCUCUAAAACAAAAAUAACUUUUUUUUUUUUAAAUGUUAUUUGUAGUUAAAUCUAUGUAUAUUCUAGAUAGAUUCUUGUAAUUACAUAUGCAGUACAAAUUAAUGUCACUGCAAAUUAAAAAUACAAGUAGAGCUGGCAGAUAUGUGCACAUCUGGUCCCAUCAUAUUAUUGAUUGACAUUUUUUAUUGUGUUGUGUUACAUGUUCCCAUGUGUUGCUGCAACUGGUUACGUAAGCUGUGUGCAUUGUU